CAGUUUUCAUAUUAAAUGAUCUUCUGCUCUCCGUAUCUGUCUUGUUUAUUUUAUUGUUGUAUCUACAAAGAAGUAGUAGUAUUGCGUUCUUGUUAUAAAAAAUCAAACUUUGUUUUUUUUCUGAGCAAUUUGAUUGCAAACCGAAAUUUCAGCACGAUACUCUAAUUAGUCUGAUACUUUUGUUGUGUUUCAGAUCUUGGAGCGAUAAGAUGUGUAUUUGAUUUGUUACACGUGACAAAUAUAUUUCAGCAGUGUUAUCAUUUUAUGCCUUAUGAAAAUGCACUGAAUUUUUCUCCUGCCUCAAAAAUGAGUGUCAAAAUCGUUUCAGAUGAUUUAAUUUUUAGCAAAAGUUGUGAUGAAGUAACGACUGUAAAUAGUAGUUCAGAAUGCUCAAGUGAUGAAGUGAAUUGCAAUAUAAUUAAAGGAAAUAAAUCCAGCUCAAGUUUGAAAGGAGACUUUAAAAACUGUUGUACAGAUAGUGUUUUUUCUAGCGAAGUUUAUGAUAAUUCUUCAGAAAAUAUCUCUUUCAAUAGUGAAUUAAACAGCGAGUCAAACGUAGAUUCUGCAUUUGAAAUUGUAGAGGAAAGUUCCCAGAAUCUGACUGAUUCUUGUACUGUUGUUGCUAGUGACAAGCUUGAUGAACACAAUGAAAGUGAAGGCAAAACAUCAUUGAAACACAAUUCCUCCUUUAAGAAAAAACGCAAAAAGAUUUUAUCUGCUCUUGCGGACGAAGACAUAAUUGCUCUUCGUCAAGCCGCAAUAUCGUCUGGAGGUCUUCUAACCGAUGAAAUUCGACGCAAAGUUUGGCCCAAGCUUGUGGGAGUUGAUGUAUUUGAGACAUCACCAAGACCAAGUCGUGAAGAAAUAGAGGAGCAUCCUUAUUACAGGCAAGUUGUUUUGGAUGUAAAUAGAUCUUUAAAACGUUUUCCACCAAGCAUUAAAGAAGUUCAAAGAUUAGCCAUGCUCGACCAGUUAGUGCUUCUCAUAAUGCGAGUUUUGUGUCGCCAUCCUGAACUGCACUAUUACCAAGGAUAUCACGAUAUCUGCGUUACAUUUUUGUUGGUCUUAGGUGAAGAAACUGCAUAUUAUGUCAUUGAAAAACUAUCCAGAACCCACUUAAGGGUAUUUAUGGAAAAAACAAUGGAGCCCACAAUAGAGCUACUUAGUUGCAUGUUUCCGCUUAUUGGUAAAAAAAGCCCUAAAUUGGCACAUUUCUUACAAAAAUCUGAAGUAGGAGUAGCUUAUUGCUUAAGCUGGCUUAUAACAUGGUUCGGCCAUGUUCUUAAUGACUACAAUGAUGUGGUUCGUCUGUUUGACUUUUUUAUAGUGUCACAUUCCUGGAUGCCAAUGUAUCUAACAUCUGUUGUUGUUUUGCAUCAAGAAUCUGAGGUGUUGACGCUUGAUUGUGAUAUGGCAUCAGUACAUUCCUUUUUAUCCAAAAUACCUGAUGAUUUACCUUUUGAAGACCUUAUACCUCAAGCACUUGAGUUGCAUAAAGCUUAUGCUCCUGAGAUUCUAUCCCUUGAGUGUCCAUUAUCCAAAGAGAAGAAGCUAAGACCCAAGCGAAAUGGAAUAAUGUAUUCAUUUUCUAAAACCCUUAAAACUUCUGUGCCUGUUCCCAGCUUCACAGUUCCGCUAGUCAUUGCAGCAGCUGUUUUAGUAACUGCUGUUUUGUAUCAAGCCUACAAGUAUUAAAUUAUGCUGUAUAAAAGGAAUUGAACUGCAUGUUAUUUUCUGGGACUAAAAGUACCUAUUGUAUAUUAAUUGUGUACUAUAAUGAUUUCAGCGAAUUGUUGCUGGUAUGUUAUUUGCAAUUUCCUUUAAUUACCUAUUAUGUAUUUUGUUACUUGCUGUAUAUUUUCUGUAAGGGCA